GAAAGCAAUUGAAUGAAUGCAUGAAAACAUAAAUUUUGUUUACAUUUUGAGUGCAAAACAAACAAAACUUUUUUGUCAACCAAUCGACGGCUAAAUCACAUGAUUUGGUCACUGAAUCUCAAGACUGAGCGGCGGAUCCAGUGGUGAUCACACCGGCGGCAGCCAUGAUGUCCGGCGACACCGGCGUCUCUCAAGCGGCGGAUCGCAAGUCAUUCCUCAUCGGUCUGUGUCUGGCGUUGUCUUCGUGUGUAUUCAUAGGAAUCAGUUUUAUCAUCAAAAAGAUAGGACUCAUCCGUCUGUCAAACCGCGGCCUCAGAGCCGCCUCCGGAGGCUUCGGCUAUCUCAAGGACUGGGUUUGGUGGACAGGCCUACUGUUCAUGGGAACGGGAGAGUUGGCAAACUUCGCGGCCUAUGCCUUCGCACCGGCCUCUCUGGUCACACCAUUGGGUGCGUUAAGUGUAUUGAUAUCCGCGGUGUUGGCCAACAGAUACCUGAAGGAGAAGCUGAACCUCUUGAGCAAAAUCGGGUGCGUUUUGUGUCUGUUGGGCUCAACGGUGAUCGUCAUUCACGCGCCCAAAGACCGACCCGUGGACUCGUUGGACGAGAUGGCGAUGAUGUUGGCCGACCCUCUAUUCGUGGCGUACCUCCUGUUCGUGAUGUUCACCACAUUUCUCUUGAUAGCCUUCUAUGCGCCCAAAUAUGGAUCAAAUAACGUCUUAAUCUAUGUACUCAUCUGUUCGCUCAUCGGUUCCCUGUCCGUGAUGUCCGUCAAAGGGCUGGGAGUGGCCAUCAAGCAGACGAUGACAGAUAGCAACCAAUUAACGCAUCCGCUGUUCUGGACAUUCCUGGUGUCCGUUGUGCUCACGGUUUCCAUUCAAAUGAAUUACUUAAACAAAUCGCUCGACAUCUUCGACACGUCGGUCGUGACUCCCAUUUAUUACGUGUUUUUCACCACUUUUGUGAUCACGGCGUCCGCUAUACUGCUGAAGGAGUGGCGAUCGAUGACCGCCGACAACACCAUCGGCAGUGUCUGCGGCUUUCUCGUCGUCAUAAUCGCCAUAUUCCUGUUGAACGCAUUCAAAGACAUGAACGUAUCGGUGCAUAGUUUGCGCGCCAACUGGAUGUCCAGAAACGCCAUUUACCUGAAGACGGGCUUCGAUGACAGUCAUCACCAGCUGUUGUCCGGCGCUGAGGCC